UUUGACACUAAUGACUAUUUUUUUUACGUAUACUUACAAUUAGCUUGGGGAUCAAUUAUUCUCGUACUGACUAUAAUCGCUGCUGAUUGGUUCUAUAUUCUUAUAAUCCAUUUUAAUAGCGGAUUGUUUGCGGUGUGUGGGUAUAUAUCGUAAUGCAAAUAAACGUAAAAUAUUCGAAAUAGUACAAAUCUUCUUAUGAUAAAUCUCGUGAUUUUCGCUGCCAAUUUUUUCAUAAAUACAGAGUCCAAGUUUUAGAAGCAACGAUGAAUUCGAAUUUAGUUUCUAAAGAUGCGUUUUCUGAGAACUCGUCGUAUGAAAAAUUUAGAGCUUGUGUAAUCAUGCAUAACGAAGUUAUAGAGUUUUACAAUAUUUUGAAUGAAAGCUGUCAGUAUAGUUACUUAAUUCAAGUUGGAUUAAAUAUGUUGGGUAUGAGUACGACAGCCGUUCAAACAGUUAUAAAUUUAGACAGACCGGAUGUAGCAAUUAGAAGUGCUGUAUUUUUUGCUGCCGAUCAGUUUCAUUUGUUUUUGCUCAGUCUACCUGGACAAGUACUUUUGGAUCAUUGUGCUGAUUUUGCAAAUAUUAUAUAUGAUUCUACGUGGUAUGGAACAUCAUUGGAAAUUCAGAAAAUGCUUUAUAUGAUGCAAAUAAGAAGUAAAAAAUUAUGUGCAUUAACUGCAGGUGGAUUGUAUGAUAUGAAUAUCGAAAACUUCGGAAUAACUUUUAAAACGUGUAUAUCAUACUUCACGAUGAUAAUGUCAUUGAAAUAAUGAUUCUACGAUAUUACGGAAAACUAUACUGUACACAACUAAAUCUAUUAUAUUUCUUAUCCAUAUUAAUGAGAAUACGAAUAAUAGUAAAAAUAAUUAAUAUGUAUUGUCAAUAUUAAAGCAUCAUAACAAAUUUUAUGAAACACACAAAUAAAACGAAAUGCUGUAAUAUUGUAAUGUAUAAAAAAUAUUAUAGAUCUUACCAAAAUAACGAAUUGACUACGAACAUUUCAUAACGCCAUUCCACUUUCAGUAAACUACAAAAAGAAUUUUUUUUAUCUUAGCAAAUUAAAAUGAUGUAAAGUGAAUGUUGAUCUGACAAUGUUUUAUAAAAUUAUAUGUAUUAUUUAUAUUUCGCAAACAACAAUGUUUCACUGAUUCUGAAAAAGAGAAUUCGUAGUUAAAAAUCCAAGCAAUUAGUAUUAUUGAACACAGAAAUACGAUUUUUUUAGAAUUUAAUAAUUUUCAAUAUAUAGUAAUUUGAAAACUUUCUCUCUAUCACUGGCCGUUUAGUAAACACCAUAUUGCAAGUAAGGCAAUCAAUAUUUCAAGGUAAUCAUGGAUCUUCGAUUUUAAGCAUAAAUGACAGCUGUUUCGAACAGUCAUUUUCUUAUCUACGAAACAAUUGUUGCAUAAGUUAAUUUAAUAAGGGUACAAUAAUACAUAUGUGUCUUACAAGGAAAUGAUUUGCAAUUAUUCGUAAUACCUAUUGUUACACAUAUCGAACAUUAUCGUACAUUGAAUGUAACUGCAUUUAUCAGAUUGAUCUCUUCCUCUCU